AGCAGGGUACGCGAGAAGACCUGUUGUUAGCAUCCGACCACAGUCACUCCUUGGGACGAUCGACAGCCGAUAAGACCGGUCCUUCCGAAGGUCUUUGGACCGGCUUAGAAGUAGGAACGUUAUCUACUCGAGUACUCCCCUAGUGUUUUAGUCGCUGCGAACAUGCGGACAUCCAUCAUCAGUACCGCGGUGGCCACGGCCCUGGCCUUCGCCGGCUUGGGCUCAGCAGCCAACAUAACCGAAUGGAAGUCCCGAUCCAUCUACCAGGUCAUGAUUGACCGGUUUGCUCGCACUGACGGUUCCACGGAUGCGUCCUGCGAUGUCUCACGGUUCUGCGGCGGCACCUGGAAGGGCCUCCUGAACAAUCUGGACUACAUUCAGGACAUGGGCUUUACCGCCAUCCAGAUCAGCCCCAUCGUGAAGAACAUAGAGGAGCAUACCUCCGUCGGCGACGCGUACCAUGGCUAUUGGUCGGUCGACAACUACGCCCUGAACGAUCGUUUUGGUACGAAGCAGGAUUUUGAGGACCUGGUGGCUGAGCUCCACAAGCGUGACAUGCUGCUCAUGGUUGACGUUGUGGUCAACAACAUGGCCCAGGCUUUCGACAACGUCGUCCCGCCCAAGAUCGACUACUCCAAGUUCAAUCCGUUUAACGAUAAGAAGUACUUCCACCCUUACUGCAAUGUGACCCAGUGGGAGAACGCGACCGACUAUCAGAACUGCUGGUUGUACCCGUACGGCGUUGCCCUGGCCGAUCUGGCCACCGAGACCAAGCCGGUGUCGGAUGAGCUGGGCAGGUGGGUUAAGGAGCUUGUCGCCAACUACUCGAUCGACGGCAUCCGUAUCGACGCUGCGAAGCACGUUAACGACGGGUUCCUCCCCGGAUUUGUCGAGGCGUCUGGCGUUUUCGCUUUCGGCGAGGUUCUCACCGGGUUGCCGGAGGACAUGUGCCGCUAUCAGUCCCUCGGCUUGCUCCCGGGCAUGCCCAACUACCUCGAGUACUACCAGCUCAACGAGGCUUUCAACGGUGGAUCUAUGGCCGAUGUUGCCGAGAUGCGCAAUGAAGCGGCUUCCAGCUGCAACGACACCGCUGCGCUAGGAAGUUUCCUCGAGAACCACGACAUGCCCCGGUUCGCCAACCGCAACGACGACAUGGCGCUCGCCAAGAAUGGCAUGACGUACAUUCUCCUCAACGAUGGCAUUCCCACAGUCUACCAGGGCCAGGAACAACACUUCAAGGGCAACGGCACCCCCUUCAACCGUGAGCCCCUCUGGUCAUCCGAGUACAACAAGGAAUCGCCUCUGUACGUCCUCACGGCGACACUAAACAAAGUGCGCAACAAUGCCAUCAAGUUGUCGUCGGAUUACAUCUCGACGCCCUCGGAGACGCUCUGGGCCGAUGUGAACCACCUCUGUCUGCGAAAGGGCCCGGACGGCAGCCAGGUGGUGUUUUGCAUCAACAACAAGAGCAGCCAAGGCGAAAGCUACCAAAUAAGCGUUGGCGGUUUUCAGAAGAAUGAGAAAGUUGUCGAGGUCUUGACUUGCAAGACCAACACGGCGGACAUCUCGGGCAAUGUCACCAUGUACAUGAACAAGGGCGAGCCGAAAGUGUAUGUUCCUCAGGCGGCACUGAGCGGCACGGGCCUUUGCGACAAGACUGAGGAGGAUGGACCGAGCAGCGGGGCGGCUGCGUUGGGUUUGACCGGCAGCGUGGUGUUGACUGCUGUCAUCGGAUGGGCGGUAGUGCUCCUUGCGUAAGUCACUCAUUGGGGUGCGGUCAUGCCGGCCAAGUCUCGGCAUCGUGU